CUUCGGCACGGUCUUCGGUCGUUCCGACCGCUUCCCUUCGGCAGGGCGUCUUCCCAAGCCGCCUUUGGAGCCGCAGAGUGAUGGUGGAGUGCGCAUGUGAGUGAUGGUGGAUAACGAGUACGUCGCCCAGCUGGUCACCCUCCCGGUGAGUCCGCAGCGGGGCGACGCGAGUAUUCGUACGACAGCUAGCUGCCCUUCUGGCAUUCUCUUCCCUCAGCCAGAUCUUGCUCUCUCCCUGAGUCCAUGUGCCUCCUCGUCCUUCCAGGACUCAUCCCUGUGCUGACCUACUCCUCUCCUCUCUUCCCGACUGGCCGGAUGCAUGUCUUGGGAUGCUUUUGGGGUCAUGUCUCACUGGGAUUACAUACACGCAUAUCUGCUUGAGAUCUACCUGUCUGUCCGUCUGUGUUGUCUCUCUAGCCUCCCAGUGUGUGCCUACGUAUCCACCGCAAGGUCCGUCCCCUCGCCGAUCACACACUAAGGCAGACAACACAUGCACACCCGCACAUCAGUCAGGAGAACACGGGACACUCACUUAGAGCGGACGGCACGAAAGCAUAUGUGUGGCUGGCUAUCUCUCUCUCUCUCUCUCUCUCGGUUGGCUGAGAUCAGUUGGUUGUCUGGUGUGUUUGGCUGUGCGUAUAAAUGGCUGGUAUGCUUCGCAUGUGGGUUUGAUUGUUGCCAGAGAGAGGACAUCCGCACCAGGACACUUUCGUAACACUGGUGCAUCUACCGUUCUUCUUUUUCCAUUUGCGGGUCUGUCGUUUGGCUGCGGGGAGGGUGGUCUGCGCAUGGGCGCUGUCGUCAUUGUGUUUGGUGUUGGUUUGGAUGGAUGUGUAUCGGUCUGGAUGAGAGCGUGAUGGUGCCCGUGUGGCUGUUGGGAGGAUCAGAUUAGCCGCACAUGACGAGCCAGCUUCAGCCAGAUCUGCCACGAGAUCACCGGCACUUAACAGCGCGUCAUCUCUCUUGUCCUUUGCUGUCUUUGCUGUCUUUGCUGUCACUGCUGUUGGGACGUGUACUGGUGGUUGCAGGUUGAGUUUGUUGCCGCGUUCUCCUACCUCGACAACACCAUCGUCAUUUCCCGCACUCCUGCUCUUCUCUCUCGGCUACUCUCUCGCCUCAUACGCGUCGGUCGGCUGUCCUUCACUGCUGCCCAGCGUGUGCGCUACCCGUCUUGUUCGAAACCGCCUAUCUGAUCCUGCUCAAACCCGUCCUACCCUACUGAUGCCCCUGCGUCGUCUAGUGUCUGUACCUGAUCCUCGUCUGCCCCCUCUCUGCUGUCAUGUCCAAGCCCUCAUCUCGUCCUCAACCCUCUAAUCUCGUCCGUUGCCCCCGCGUCCUCGACCCUCUGAUCUCGUUCGUGGCCCCCUGCUCACCCCCUACGACGCGCCCAGAACCAUUCGCGAGAAAGUCGACCGCUCGCUCAGGAAGGCGGCUUGCGACCGACAAGACGAGUACGAGCUGGUGGGGUUCCUCUACGCCAAGGAGCAGAUCACUGACGAAAUAGAUGAGCUCGAUGAGCGGCGCGACCAGUCGGCCAUCUCGUGAAGGGAGUACGACAAAAGAGUGAACGACGCGCAUCGCCGUCGGUCCGAGGUGCAGAAGGAGAUCGAGCGUCGCACGGCGACUCGGCGAUCCCCUCCCCGCACUCGUGCGUCCCGUUCUCGGUCUCGUUCUCGUUCUUCUCGUCCCCCCCAUUCGCCUCGUCACUCGCCGCCCCCGCAUCGACACGUCACGAUCGACAGGAGCGGUGGUGUUGAUCGUCGGUCGCGACGUCACGGAGUUGAGCUCAAGCCUGCUGCUAUUGUCCAAGCAGAGCAAGCGGCGCGUGUGCAGACGACCGAGGCUGCUGAGCCGUCGCAACCGUCCGAGACCCAACAGCCCCCCACAAGUCCGCAGACGACCACACCACAGCCCCCACUCGCCACGCCCGAGCAUCAACACACGCACGACCCCAACACCGAAGAGGUCGACGACCACGAGGACGAGGAGCAACAGGGAGACUCUGAGGAGCGACACGACGACCACGAGGAGCAAGAGAGAGACUCUGAGGAUCAGGAAGGCUCUGAGGAGCAAGGGCACGAGGACGAGCAAGAGCAGCAGGGAGAGCAAGGGCAGCAGGAAGCGCUCACAGCUGACGAGCAAGCCUUCACCCACCAGCAAGGCGCACAAGACGGUGCCUCUCAAGCCUACGUUCCCCUCUCCCUCAUUCCCGCCCUACCUGCUCGCUCUCCCGGCCCUAGUGUCUUCCCCCUAGACCCGGCGCGCAUAGAAGGGCUGCGGUUCUACGUGCAUUCUGUGGACCAGCUGUUCUACAAGGGCAUCUGGUUGUGCGGCUUCUGCGGUUAUCAGUCGGUGCGAGGCGCGUCGAUUCAGCAGGGCGGAGAAGCGAAGUUCUGGUUCCAGCGGCCGGCGUGCUGCCCCCAGUGUCAGAGAUCCGCACACGUGGCGUACACCAAAGCGGCCCCGGUGUUCGUCUAUCCGUACGGGGAGGUUCUCGACUAUUCGCAGUACCCCCCAGUGUAUCUCACCGAGGAGGGUAUUGAGGCUCGCCGCGAGCACAUCGUGAACCUCGCGAAGUGAUCCCAUACCCACUACUGCGACUCCUUUUUGCUGCCCCCUUCCCCGACCCUUUUCCUGCUGAUCGCCGCUGCUGUCUCUGGUGCUGAUCGUGUGUGUUGCUGUUCGGUGUUGAUAGCUGAGAGACCUGUGGUGGUCGGUUCACA